AUGUACCCUGGUCAUAUUUGGACGAAAUUAUCACGUACCCAGUUCAGACACAAUUCUCUGUGGAAAUUAAACCAAUCUGGCAACAGGUAUUUUGCUUUUGGUGUAGAAACUGCCAUCUAUAAUAAAUCUCGAUUUGGACACCAUCAUUUGUCACUGUCAGCAGCAUUUUUCAAUUUCACAAAGCUCAUGUUGAAGCCACACCGACAGCUUUUAUGUCAGGCCAACAAACCAUGCUCCUUCGCCCAUCUUAUAGCGUCCUCUAUAGAAUGUAGUGCCAGAACAAGGUCAACCAUCUUCAGUCCAGCAACUGAUGGGUACGCCAUUUUAAAAGCGACGUGGUUAGAGAUGGCAAAGUAA